CACCAAUCAUAGCUGCAUUGUGCACUUCACUGCCCAGUUCGGAUGCCCUAACGUCUAUCCUUAUAUAUCUCUCUCCUUUCCCCAGGUUCCUCUGCCCACUUCCAUCGACUACUUAAUCUACAACGCUCCUUAGCACCGCAUUUCUUUGUUUACUACGCAUUCAACUAGGCUAAUACAACGCGAUGCGCGACUUCAUCCUGGCCUCGCUGGCCACGGCCCUCCUCGCCGGAAGCGCGGAGGCUGUUGCUGCUAACCCGCUGCCGAAGCCCACGGAAAUCACAUGGGGUUCUGAAAGCCCUUUUGCGGUCGGGUCACUAACACUUGGCGGUGUGGACUCGCAGAUCGUUCAAGAUGGGUUCGACCGUGCGGUCAAGGCUAUCACAGACCUGAAAUGGAUACCCCAGGCGACAGAAGCACCAGUUCGCAGCUUUGAGCCGUUCCCGACCGCUUCCGCUGCUGCCAAGAGGAAGAUCAGGAAACGACAAUACAACACAGGCACCAACUCGACGGGAACGCUCUUGUCAGUCAACUGCCAGGUCAAGGAUACAAGUGCUCCUCUUCAGCACGGCGUAGAUGAGUCUUACACGCUGGAGAUUGUCAAGGGUUCCAACUCCAUCGAUAUCACCGCUGAGACCGUGUACGGUGCCCUCCAUGCCUUCACUACACUUCAGCAGAUCGUCAUCAACGAUGGCAGCGGCCAGCUCAUCGUCGAGGCUCCCGUUUCCAUCAAAGAUGCCCCUCUUUACCCUGUCCGCGGAAUCAUGAUCGACUCUGGUCGCAACUAUCUGUCCAAGAAAAAGAUCCUUGAGCAAAUCGACGGCAUGUCUCUUUCAAAGCUCAAUGUGCUUCACUGGCACAUGGUUGAUGCCCAAUCCUGGCCCGUGGAGCUUGAUAUCUACCCCGAUAUGAUCGAAGACGCCUACUCGGCCAACGAGGUCUACACCAAGGACUGCCUCAAGAGCAUCAUCGAGUACGCAGCGGCCCGUGGUGUUCGCAUUGUGCCAGAAAUCGACAUGCCUGGCCACGCCAGCUCAGGCUGGAAGCAGGUGGACGAGGGCAUGUUGGCUUGCAUCAACUCCUGGUGGAGUAACGACAAUUGGCCGACGCACACCGCCGUCGAGCCUAAUCCUGGUCAGCUCGACAUUCUCAAUAACAAGACUUAUGAGGUUACCGGCAAGGUCUACAAAGAGCUUGCUGAGCUCUUUCCCGACAAUUGGUUCCAUAUUGGCGGUGACGAGCUGCACAUGAACUGCUACAACUUCAGCAGUCUCGCUCGUGACUUCUUUGCGCAGAACCACACCAUGGGCGACCUUUUCCAGGUCUGGGUGGACAGGGCCCUCCCUAACUUUAAGAAGCAAGCGAACAAGACCUUCAUCAUGUGGGACGAUGUCCUCCUUUCUGCCGACGCUGCUGCCACCGGAGAAGUGCCCAAGGACGUUAUCAUCCAGGCGUGGAACAACGGCAUUACCAACAUCAACAAUGCCACAGCUUUGGGCCACCGCGUCAUUGUCUCUUCAUCCGACUUCAUGUACCUCGACUGUGGCUAUGGCGGCUGGGUCGGCAACGACCAGCGCUACGACGUUCAAGUGAACCCCGACGCAACGGACGGCUCUCCCAACUUCAACUAUGGUGGGAAUGGUGGCUCCUGGUGCGCUCCCUAUAAAACAUGGCAGCGAAUCUAUGACUACGACUUCACGGAAGGCCUGUCUGAUGAGCAAAAGAAGCUUGUUGUUGGCUCCAUCGCCCCGCUUUGGUCAGAGCAAGUUGACGACGUAGUCAUUAGUCCCAAGAUGUGGCCGCGCGCUGCUGCGCUAGCUGAACUCGUGUGGUCCGGCAACCGCGACAAGGAUGGCAACAAACGUACUACGGAGCUUACGCAGCGUAUCUUGAACUUCCGCGAGUACCUUGUUGCCAGCGGCGUCCAGGCUGCGCCAUUGAUGCCCAAGUUCUGCCUUCAGCAUCCGCACGAGUGCGACUUGAACCUGAACCAGACUGUGCUCUGGACGCAGGCUGCUUAACCUAUAUGAGGGGAUCUCUCAGAGUAUAGCAUUUACAGGGCGUUCUGGAAUUCUUUUUCUUGUGUACAUCUUGCGACACAAGUAUGACUGUCUACUUAAUGUGGGUCUGGAUGAAGAGUGGCGGGGGUGAAUGAUCCGAUCCGUUUCUUGUACACAACUUUUUAUACCCGUCUAUACGCAGGACAACACUGCGAACCUGUCGUUUCACUUCGAAUUAUUAUAUCGAAUGAUAUCCACC